UUCGCAUUCUUGUGUCUCUCCUUGCCACACAAAACGAGCAAUUUCAACGAUCUUCACAAUGCCCGGCCCCGGAGUUGGUUUCGAAUACCCGCCCAAGAGUGUCUCUUGGUGCAAGAGGGAUCUUUUGCUCUUUGCCCAGUCCAUCGGAUGCAAGGCUGAGGAGCUUCACUUCCUUUACGAGCUUCAUCCCAACUUUGUUCCUUUUCCCACCUAUCCUUUGGCUCUGUCCUUCAAGCUCGACUCCUCAGAUGUAGUCGACUUCUACGCCGCCCAGAAGUCCAUUGCCAUCCCCGGCGUGCCUGUCUUCGACCCCGCUCGUGUCGUUGACGGACAGCGCCGGAUCGAAUUCUUCAAGCAGCUUCCCACCUCCUCUGAGGGCAAAAGGUUUGAGUCGCGGACCAAGGUUGUCGGCGUCUACGACAAGGGUCGCCCGGGCUCUGUCGUCGAGACCCAGACCGAUAUCGUAGAUGCUGCCAACAACGAAGUUUACUCGCGCAUCCACACCUCUUCCUUCUACGUCAACCAGGGCAACUGGGGCGGCCCUAAGGGUCCCGCCACCCAGAACUUCCCCCCUCCCAAGGACAAGAAGCCUGAUGCUGUGUUUGAGAACCAGACGACGCCCGAGACUCCUCUUCUGUACCGUCUAAACGGCGAUUACAACCCCCUCCAUGCGGAUCCCGAGCCCGGCAAGAAGAUGGGCUUCGGAGGCGUCAUCAUUCACGGUCUGUACUCGUGGAACUGGGCUUGCCACGGCCUGCUCCAACACCUUGGCGGUAGCGACCCCGCCAACAUCAAGGAGUACCAGGCCCGCUUCACCAGCCCUGUCCGUGGUGGUGAUAAGCUUGUUGCGUCGGCGUGGAAGACUGGUGAGAUCAAGGAUGGCUGGGAGGAGAUACGUUUCCAGGUCCAGAUCGAGGGUGGUAAGGUCGUGCUCAGCAAUGGACGCGCCCUGAUGAAGUGCGUCGGACCUGCUCCUCAGAGCAAGUUGUAAGAGAAACUGUGGUCAUUGUUGUAUAUAUAAGCAUGAGCAAGCGGCUGCUGUUUGUAUGAUUGGAAAUGGCAGAGAGAUUUCAUGAUACCAUAACGAUGCCAGCAGUAACAACAACUGGGCGGAUUUUUUUUAAACUUAUCUCUAGUGUCAGC